AUGUCGACUACAGGGAUAGGCCCGAACGCCAACAGUGACGCAAGCAAUCUCCUGUCUCGGGCAGGAAUUUUUCUUCUUGUUCCAUUGAAUGUCAGCAAGAUGAAGUUUACGCACUUAUACUUGCUCGGCCACUUGUUUGUGUCGACGAACGCUGCCGGCCUCGGACAUCAAAAAGAUGAUUUGCCCCUCCAUCGCGAUGGGACGAAUUGCCAGCAGUCUUGCGAGAUCUUGGCCUCCGAGCUUCCCGGCAGGCUGCACUACGACGACUCCGAUAGCAACUUCACAAUCUGGGACCAGAAGCAGCUGGAGACUAUCUAUGUCUAUUACGUCAAGCCUGCAUCUGCCAACGAAGUUUCUAACAUCUUGCAGGUUCUUAUAGAUAAGUUGGCAUAGGGGGCUUUACCCUUAGCAGUAGCACAUCCAUACUCGCAGCAAAGUAUAAAUAGGCCCUAGAUCAGGUACUAGAGUAUGAGGUGAGCAUCCCGUUCUUGCAGAAACGGGGUAGGUUGGCACGAAAUUGCCCAGAACUAUUAGAGGCCACAAACUCCUGGCGUCAAAAAAGAGGCGAGACAAAGAUUGCGUUUUAGUUUGUUCAAAUGUGCGUAAUGGGUUGCUAGAAAUCACC